ACCUUUGACCUUCACUCCAUCCGGCUUCAAUGACGCGGUGUGCAGACGAAAUAUACCUUGAUUUACACUAGAUUUUUGCAGAUAUGUCGGCGGAAAAGGUUGUCAAAGUCGGCUCAAGGAAGAGUGAGCUGGCUUUGAAACAGACAAACACAGUGAUCAACAAAUUAAAGGAGUACCAUCCAGAUGUUACCUUUGAAGUUGUUACCAUGGCAACAACAGGAGACAAGAUUUUAGAUGCUGCUUUGUCAAAGAUAGGAGAAAAAAGUCUGUUCACACGGGAGCUGGAGAAUGCUCUGGUGGAUAAAUCUGUUGACUUCGUUGUGCAUUCUCUCAAGGAUCUGCCUACCAACCUUCCAAAGGACCUAGUGGUUGGAUGUGUCUACAAAAGAGACAGUCCGUAUGAUGCUGUAGUGAUGCACCCAAAACACAAAGGGAAAACUCUCAAGGAUCUACCAGAUGGCAGUGUUAUUGGAACCAGUUCCCUGAGAAGGCAGUCUCAGAUAGCCAGGAAAUUCCCAACAUUUAAGUUUGAGAACAUUCGUGGUAAUGUGAACACUCGACUAAGGAAAUUAGAUGAUGAUAAUAAAUACGAUGCAACCAUACUUGCUGUAGCAGGCCUGGAUAGAAUGGGAUGGAGCCACAGAAUAGAUCAGGUUUUGACCCCUGACCUAUGUAUGUAUGCCGUGAGCCAGGGAGCCAUGGGUGUGGAGUGUCGAUCUGAAGACAAAGACACUCUGGAUAUGUUAUCAGCUAUCCAUGACAAGGACACUGUACUACAGUGUGUCACGGAGAGGGCCUUCCUAAAGACUUUGGAAGGGGGAUGCAGUGUGCCGGUAUGUGUGUUCACAGAGAUCAAAGACAGUCAACUGAAUAUAGAUGGUGGUGUAUUCAGUAUUGAUGGCUCCAAGCACAAAAUUGUCCAUAUAUCAAAAGAUCUCUGUCCCGACCAGGAGCCAGCAAAGAAGGUUUGUCGAACAGAAAAUGGAAAGACUUAUGCCAGUGUUGUAAGUAAUGGUGUGUCUAAAGAAGAAAUGCAGCUUUGUGAGGAUGCUGGAAUGGAACUGGCCCGUUUGAUUUUAGACUCUGAUGCUGGUCACAUUAUUGCAGAGGCCAAAGAAGAAAUUCGGCUUGCAAUCAUUGAGGACAAUAAAAAGAAAAUAGAAGAGGCUAAAAAUAAAAGCAGUGAAACAAAAACAGAAAAUGGUUCAAAUUCAAAUGCACAAACAGUAUCAUAGAUAUAUAUAUAUUCAGAAUAUUGAACAUAUGUAUGCUAUUAACAAUGCAAAACCCAAAAGUGUUGCAUAUGUAUAUAAUUUAUGCAAAUUUUUGUAUAUUAAAAAACUAAGGAUUUUGUUAUAAAAUAUGUUUAAUUUUAGUUAUUUGGUAGACAUAUCACAAACAUUGUGUUUUGCUUUUUUUAGACAUAUGGAACUUACAGUAUAAAUUAUACCAUUUUAAAUAAUGUCACCAACUGGAUAACCUAUUUUAACAUUCCUUCUGAAAGUUUAUAGAUGUUGAUGGUCCUAUUUCAAUGCUGAAAAAUCGUUUAAUUUGUCUUUAAAGACGUAUUGAAAAACAUAAUAUCAUUGAUAUUCAGAAACCAGCCCACCAUUAUAAAUACAUUACUAACAGUAGAAUUUGUUUCAUUCACUUAUGGUAUACAGACCACUUCUAUAUCUUUAUACAAACGAAACAUGCAUUACUAGUAUUAUAAUAUGUUAAUGUCCUUCAUUAUUUUUGCAUUUAUUUAUUUAUAGAGACAAAACAUAUGUAUAUAUGCAUGUAUAUAUGCAUGUAUAUAUGUAUACCCGGUAGAUGAUAAAAUGGUACAGAAUUUUGUGUAUCUCUUCAGGUUGAUAAUAUAUAUUCCGUGUACUUGAUAUCCAAAUUGUCUUCAUUGUGUGAUUAAUAUUUUUGUUAUUAGACAAGUAUUGAUAGUAUUAUAUACUCCAAUGUGUGAUUUAUUUUUGUAGAGAAGACUUAGAAAAAGAGUAUGAAAUCAUAACUAUUGCUAUGCUAAAUGCUGUAUAAUGCCAUUUAAAUUUUGCUUUGUAUUAAUUUUCACUCAGAAUCGCAAAAGAACUUGUAAGUUCUAUUUCAUUAAAAUAUCUACCUGACCCCAGGACUCCACAAUAAAUCACUUUCUAUCCAUGGUUGGAUUUCCUUUCUA